GGAGAAGGAGGCGUCUCUACUGCACCUGCGCCCUGCCUCCCGCCCUUCACCUCACCGCCUCCCAGCCUGCUUCCUUAUCGCCAUCGCUGAUGUCUACCUCCGCCUGUCAUACGCGGAGUAACGCGGACCAACGGUACCUCUUCAGCUGCUACUAAGUUAUUACGUGGUGCUACCUUCUAGAGGACUUUGUCGACUAAAAUGUAGACUUCCGAGCGAUAAUUUGAAUAGUGAAGCGCCACCUCUGCCGGGAGGAAAUGCAGGUCGAAAGCGGCAGAGCAGCAGCUGUGAGCCCCGCUGUAUCCAGUGCAACCACAGGACAGAAUUCGGUCCAUUUGAACGGGCAUGCUGUCACUCAGAAUGGCGACAACCCAACAACUUCGCCUGCACCGCAGCCACACUUUGAAUCCCAAACCACGGGUCCUGCACCCACACUACCCCAAGUUGUCCCGAGGGAACAGUGGGGUGGGAAGUACGAGUUCCUGCUCUCCUGUUUAGGAUACUGUGUGGGACUGGGGAACGUGUGGCGGUUCCCAUACCUUUGUUACCGCAAUGGAGGAGGUGUGUUUCUCAUCCCCUACUUCAUUAUGCUCUUUGUUACGGGUGUUCCGCUCUUUCUCAUGGAGCUAAGUUUAGGCCAGUAUGGAGCAGCUGGCCCCAUCAUGGUGUGGAAAUGCUGCCCUCUGCUCAAAGGUAUUGGCAUUGGGAUGCUCUGUGUGUCUACACUGGUGUGUCUCUACUAUAACGUCAUUAUAGCAUGGACCUUCUAUUACCUAGGCAGCUCCUUCCAGAGCCCUCUACCCUGGUCGUGUGAAGCUAUAGCCAAUGCAGAUCUUUGUGGUAACAGCACCACUGGCAUAAGCAGCUCAGAAGUCUUCUGGAAUGAGCGUGUGCUGGGUGUAGUAUACAGCAAGGGCCUUAGUGACCCCGGCCCUGUCCGAUGGCCCCUGGCUCUGUGCCUCCUGGCUGCCUGGGUCCUCAUCUUCCUCUGUAUGUUCAAGGGCAUCCGCAGUUCUGGCAAGGUGGUUUAUGUAACAGCAACCUUCCCAUACUUUGUGCUCAUUGUUUUGGUCAUCAGAGGUGCUACACUGGAGGGCUCUCUUCAGGGCAUUGCUUUCUACCUCACACCAGACUGGGGCCGACUGUCUAAUGCGCAGGUGUGGAACGAUGCAGCUUCACAGAUCUUCUACUCAUUAGGUAUUGGGGUUGGAGGGCUGCUUUCUAUGGCCUCAUACAAUAAGUUUGACAACAACGUCAUCAGGGACACUCUGAUUAUCACCACUGGAAACUGCAGCACCAGCUUCUUUGCAGGAUUUGCUAUAUUCUCCAUCCUUGGUCACAUGGCAUGGAGGAAGGGAGUGCCUGUCGGAGAGGUGGCAGAUACAGGUCCUGGUUUGGCCUUCGUUGCUUACCCAGAGGCCCUUGCUCUGCUGCCAGGCUCAGUGUUCUGGGCCAUUAUGUUCUUUCUCAUGCUCUUUAUGCUGGGUAUCGAUACACUGUUUGGCAACAUGGAAGGUAUCACCACCGCUGUGCUGGAUGAGUUCCCACAGCUCAGAAGGAACACGCUGCACAAGGGUUUGUUCCUGGGCGCUCUGUGUUUUUGCUUCUACCUGAUGGGUCUCCUGUUAGUGACCAACGGAGGGAUUUACUGGUUCACGCUCAUUGACUCUUACAGCACUAGUUUCGGCCUCAUCAUCAUCACCCUCUUCAUGUGCAUUGGCAUCUCCUUCUUCUAUGGAGUCAACCAGUUUUGUCAAGACAUCAUUGACAUGAUCCGUGACUGCCCUCCCUGGUGCAGCAAAGUGCUGCUUUACUUUAAAGCCUGCUGGAUUUUCUUCACUCCGUUUCUUCUGCUGUUCAUCCUGACCUACAUCUUCAUUGAAAUGUACAACACGUCACUUCACUAUGGGUCUUAUUUGUAUCCACGGUGGGGUAAAGCACUGGGUGUGUGUAUGGGCGCAGUCUGCUGUCUACAGAUCCUCAUCUGGGCCAUUGUGGCCAUCGCCAAGGAAACUGGAACACUGAAAGACCGUUUCCAGAAAUCAAUUCGACCUCUGAAUACCUGGAGGGUAAACAACUUGAACAGCACUGGGAGAGUAGGAGAGCAUGUGGAGCCCGAGAGAGUGGAGGCUCCGUUCACUGUCACGCUGACAGACAUGGACUUUACUGCAAUAACUUGGGAGGCGGGAAGUGAGGCGUGACAGUACGGAGAUCAGUGAUGAACGUACAGCUAUAAGCAAACUAUCUAUAAGUCAGCCCAGCUAGGCUCUGGUGUCUGCACAGACUGCAUGCCCUGCAGGGUAGAGUGGAUUAAUUGCUUAAUUUAUGCUGUUAUGUAUGUUUGAAUUGUUUUUUUUUAUUGUUUUUUUGACACUGUGUGGAAUAUCACGUUACAGUUGUAAAGUUUGGAUCAUCCUUGCCUUAGAUGCAGCAUCCUAGGAUAAUUGGAUGAGUAUAUUUCAGAUUGUAUUAGUGUAGUGUAGUGACUGGUGACCCUCAGUACCACUGCUAGACAUAGAAAGCUGACAACAGAUCUUCAGCAUGCGAGAUUAAUGGUACUGGCAACAGCCACACAGAGUCAGGAACACUUUUAAUCCAUUUCACUAUUAACAUUAAUCUCUGCUAAAAAUGAUUGCUAGAAAAAAAUUAUGUAAAAAUGCCAAAUGAAUUACUUUUCAAAGUAGUCUACAGUAUUUGUCCAUAUGAUAGUUGACUCUAAGAUGUCUGCACUUCAAAUGGGCAGUUCCUGCAGAUUUCUACAGAAAAUGAAGCAAUAUGUUCAUGCAAUGAUAUUGUCUCACUUAGAACUACAAUCUACAGUGGUAGUGUAGACAGGCUUAUAAGCAGGACUUCAAAAAGUAUCCUUUGUUAAAUGUAAGUAAGUAAACUUCUGUGUCAUAUUUCCACUCUGCUAUUUAUUAGCAGAAAGCCCCCCUUAAGUCAUCGUAUAAUCAUCAUGCCUUAUCUGCAGAGGCACUCGAUGAGUAUAUGUUUUGUCCCCUUGAUAACAUGAUUAUUGAUGUAGCACCGGUCCUGUUAACAUUUGUCACAGUUUUCUGAGGGUGCGACUGUUACUCUGAUUUGAAGUCCUGCUUAGCGAAGACAUCAAAAUCAGUUGUCAAAAUGUGCAUUAGCAAAUUGGUCAUAUUAUUUAGUUUAUAAAUAUUGAACAAUUAGAUCAGUGCAUUGUUGUACCCUGUGGUGGAUGGCACAAAUGGAAUUAAACUUGGGAUGUAAAGGAAAGAACAAUUACAACAUCACCCAGAUGGUACACCUCACAUGGACACACCCAUCGCUGACUGAUGAGUGGUUUGUCUCUUGAAGUGGCUGACUGAAAUAGAUCCAUGUCCUAGAUGAAUAAUGUUUGUUGACCACAAUGAUUGCACUCUUUUUUUCUGUUGAUGUUGUCUUCUGUGCCUAAAGAUUUAAUCUGGAGUAUGUGAUAAAAAGGGUUUUGUGCUCCUGUUAUGUAUUAUUGCAGAUAUGACAGAUAAAACAAUCUGCUGGACCUAAAAUAUCUGCAUUUUAAAAGACUUUCAGUAACAACUGUUAAUUGUGCAUAUUUAUAAGAAGAAUCGCUGUUUUCUCCUUCAAGUAGGAUCACUGCUUUUAAAUCUCAUAAGCAUUUUAUUAUCCUUUGUCUUAGGAUUGUAUAUUAUGUCAUGAAACUUCUUGCCUUUG